ACUUCUCGUGAUUACCAACUUGCGGAACGCUCUCGGAAAACGUUCAUAAUUAUUUAAUAACAAUCAAUAUCGUAUGGAAAAUCAUUCUUGAAUGUUGUCAUUAAUCUAAACCUUCUAUCAAGAAUGCUGAAGUCGUUAAAUUGUUUGCAAAAAGUUAGAAAACAAUUCAUAUAUUGAAGUUUAGUCUUUAACUUAAUCACAGCUUACAAUUAACAAUAAUUACCACGUAACGAGAAUAUAUUAAAAGCAAUAACUGUAUUUGCUAAGGAAACAAUUAUUUGAAGCAGGCACAGCUUCGGUGAGUAGUUCUCUCAGCGAAAGUGGUCGCGUGAAGUUGCUGGACAACGCGAGAUUCUCUCUGCCUAUGGAGGUGUCAAGCUGGAGGACGUCAGAGGAAUGAGGGCUCCUUUCCUAUCGGUCGGAGGUAACAACAUGUUCAAGAUGCUGUGGGACACGAACUUCACCUACGACUCGUCGAUGCCGAUCUACGAGAAUCGACCCCCUAGCUGGCCGUACACCCUGGAUUACAGGCUCUUCCACGACUGCAUGAUCCCUCCUUGUCCCACCAGGUCUUAUCCAGGCUUGUGGGAGGUUCCUAUGGUGAUGUGGCAAGAUCUGAACGGUGGCAGAUGCUCCAUGGGCGACGCCUGCAGCAAUCCCCCGACGGCAGAUGGUGUUUACAAGAUGCUGAUCAAGAACUUCGAGAGACACUACACCACCAACAGGUAUCAAUCAUAGACAUAGAAAUAUAGCGACUGCCAUAGCUGGACCAAGAGUGAAGCCAUAGCCGCCUUAUUACGUUGCUAGACGUACUGGACGACUGCUAUACAUCUGUAUAGAGUCUGUAAUCUAUGGCUAAAAGCUUCCUUCACAACUGAAACGGAACCUCUAACAUCUCCUAACAACUCCUAAUACCUUCCAACACCACCUAACAUCUCCUAGACUUCCUGACACUCCCUAACACCUUCUAACACCUCCUAACACUCUCUAACAUCUCCCAAAAUCCUCCAACAACUCCCAUCACUCUCUAAGACUUCCUAACAACUUCCGACAGUUCCCUUCACUUCUAUUCAUUUUCUAGGACAUUUCUCUUUAAUGUCCCUCCUUUCUCUGGUACCUCUCCUUUUUGUUAAAGUGAUCCUCAUACAAAAGGUAAGUUUCAAGGAAUAAAUAAUAAUUAUAAUACCAACUCGCACAUUAUGUUCUCCUGAUACAAGAGGUAAGUAUCGAGCAGAAAAUAAAAAUUAUACCUACUCGCUCAUUACGUUCUCCUGAUACAAGAGGUAAGUAUCGAUAUUUAAUUAAAAGUUAUGCUACUUCUCUGAGUAUCAUGUUCUCCUGAUACUAAAAUGUAAAAUUUCCACAGAAUUUCGAUACGUACCAUGUUUAAGGUGUGAUAUUUGAGAGAGAUAAGAAGGGAGUGAAUGAGAUCAAAGCGAGAAAGUAUGUUCAACAAAACAAAAAUGUGAUGUAAUUAACUAGAGAAAGUGUUAGUGAAAUAGUUUUGUUAUCUGUAUAAACUGAUCACUUUAAUAAAAGACUGAACUGAAC